AUUUUUUUGGUCGCACAUUCAUAAUCAUCGGAAAAACAAACAUUCAUAAAAAAUUAACUAAAACCGAACAACAAAAGGAAAAGUACUACAAAUGGACGCUUCUGAAGACUUUUGUGCUAUUUGCCUCUGCCGCAAGCAUCGCAUUGUGAGCACUCCAUGCAAGCACACAUUCUGCAAGCGCUGCCUCAAGAAAGUCUACGAUGUCUGUCUCGCCAAGGUCUGCCCACUGUGUCGAGCUCCGUUCGAGUAUUAUAUUCGUGAACGUGGCUCUGGCAUUAAAAUAGUAUUUCUGGCAUAGAUCUCUACAUAUACAUAUAAACCGACGCGACGUUGGUCUAAUUUGUUCAGUUACUU